CAUCGUUUCGAAACGUUUACAAGUGCUCGAUUUUGCACCGUCGUCAGUUGAACCAACCAUGGCGGAACUGGCAAUGAUGGAUCCCCGCGGGAUGAACCUAUGGGAGGAGGAGCCAGAGCUGUGUAGUCCCGUGGCCGAUUACUACCGGGACAAGGUGGUCCUGCUGACCGGGGCAACCGGGUUCCUCGGCAAACUGUAUAUGAGCAAGUUGGUUCGAUGUGGCGUGAAGGAGUUGAUAGUGCUGGUGCGGGAGAAGAAGGGACUCCAACCGAAGGAACGAAUCGAGAAGAUGAUCGAGCAGGAGAGGGUGUUGCAGGUUUUUCGGAAGAAUUUGGACAAUUGCCGGCGGAAGAUUACCGUUAUCCGGGGAGACGUGGAAGCCGAUGGCGUUGGGUUGAGUGACGAGGACGCUGAAUAUGUGAGGGAGCGAACGGAAAUUGUGCUGCAUGCAGCAGCAGACGUGAAAUUUGAUCAGGCACUGAGCAGGAUAAUAGUGACCAACGUGAAGGGGACGCUGGAGGUGUUGAAUCUUUGCGUGAGUUUGCGAAAAUUGGAACUGAUGAUCUACAUUUCGACGGCGUAUGCUAACUGCAUCCACAUGACGGCGUACGAGAGGUUCUACGAUCCACCAAUGGAUCCGUUAAAGAUGCUGGAAUUAAUGAAACAUGUUGACGAAGAGCAGUCCACGUUUCUGACGCCAAUGAUCAUCCGACCAUGGCCAAAUUCCUACACCUACGUUAAGGCGCUGGCCGAACAUUUGGUGAAGAUGUAUUUCGAUCGGCUGAACAUCGUCAUCAUCCGACCGUCAAUUGUCGCAUCCACCAUGUACGAUCCGGUGCAGGGCUGGACGGACAACCUGUACGGUUUGAAUGGGGUUAUCGUCGGAGCCGGUUGCGGAAUUCUACGUGUGCUGCACUCCGUCGAUGAGUUGAGAAGUGACGUUAUUCCGGCGGAUUUCGUCAUCAAUGGAACGCUAGUGGCAGGCCAUCGAGCAGCCGAGAGCUACAGGGUCGAGCCACCUUCGACAGAUCCGGACAAAGUUCACAUCUACCACCUGGCCAGUGGAACCGAUAAUCCUCUGACGAACAGGGAGGUUCAAGAUUUGACCAAAUCCAUUGGCACGGAAUAUCAUCCAUUGAAGUCUCUUUGGGUGGCAUCGUAUGUGAGCACUAGAUUCAAGACGGCCGCAUGGAUUUUAACCAUUUUGCUGCACUUCUUCCCGGGAGUGAUCAUAGAUGCCGUGCAGAGAUUUAGAGGGAAGAAGUCAAUGUUGAUGAAAAUCUACAGGAAAGUGCGAAAAUUUACUGACUUCAUAGAUUUCUUCAUGUGUCAACAGUUUACAUUCGUCAAUGACAAGAUGCGUGGUGUUUUCGAUCAGAUGACUCCGGGCGAUAGGGAGUUGUUCCAGUGUGAUAUGAGGACGAUCACCUGGCAGGACUACUUCAACAUCUACUAUCCAGGCCUGAAGCUGUACAUGUUGAAUGAGCCUCCAGACACCUGGAUAGCGGCCAAGGAGCGUUACGAUCGUUUGUGCAACAUUACUAUGUAUACCUUCUAUGCUCUGGUAAUAACCUGUGUUUACUGUUGUGUUCUGAAGUUGGCUUUCGUCAUAUACCAUCUCAUAUCCCAAUGGAUAUAAAUAAAUUCGUUUAAAC